AUGGGGCGCCGCGGCGCGCCGCUCCGGCUGCUGCUGUGCGCGGCGCUGCUCCCCGCCGCCGCCGCCGCCGGCCUCUUCGAGCUCACCGUGCUGCACACCAACGACGUGCACGCGCGCGUCGAGCAGACCAGCCGCGACUCGGGCAAGUGCAGCGGGCGCGACUGCUUCGGCGGCGUGGCGCGCCGGGCCGCCAAGGUCCGCGAGGUGCGCCGCACGCACCGCAACGUGCUGCUGCUCGACGCCGGCGACCAGUACCAGGGCACCGUCUGGUUCAGCUUCUUCAAGGGAUGGGAGGUGGUGCGCUUCAUGAACCUCCUCGGCUACGACGCCAUGACAUUGGGGAAUCAUGAAUUUGAUAAUGGCGUGGAUGGAUUAUUGGAUCCGCUGCUCAAAAAUAUUAACUGUUCUGUUGUUAGUGCAAACAUUAAAGCAAGCAAGCGAUUAGCAAAACGCAUCGAUGGAUAUUACCUUCCUUAUAAAAUUUUAAAAGUUGGCUCAGAAAGAAUAGGAAUUGUUGGCUACACCACAAAGGAGACACCAGUUCUUUCGAAUCCAGGGCAAGAUUUAGUGUUUGAAGAUGAAGUUGUGGCAUUGCAGCCACAGGUAGAUAAGCUUACUACAUUGGGAGUCAACAAAAUCAUUGCACUAGGCCACUCUGGUUUUACUGUGGACAAAAGGAUUGCCCAAAAGGUGAAAGGGGUCGAUGUUGUGAUUGGAGGACACACGAACACAUUUCUUUAUACAGGUGCCCCACCUUCAGAUGAAGUACCUGCUGGUGAUUAUCCAUUCAUGGUGGAGUCAGAUGAUGGGCGGCAAGUGCCUGUUGUUCAAGCUUAUGCUUUUGGAAAAUAUCUUGGCUAUUUGAACAUUACGUUUGAUGAUAAAGGAAAUGUAGUUAGAGCAGCUGGAAACCCCAUCCUACUAGAUAGCAGCAUCCCAGAAGAUCCAGCAGUGAAAGCAGAAGUAGAAAGCAUGAAGCUUCAGCUACAGAACUUUUCUUCCCAGGAAAUAGGAAAAACUAUCGUGUAUCUAAAUGGUACAAGCCAAGCAUGCCGCUUUCGAGAGUGCAACAUGGGAAAUUUGAUCUGUGAUGCCGUGGUUUACAAUAAUCUGAGACAUCCAGAUGAUAAUGAGUGGAAUCACGUUUCAAUGUGCAUCGUAAACGGUGGUGGAAUUCGGGGACCCAUUAAUGAACGAAAUAAUAAUGGGACUAUUACCUUAGAAGAGCUGCUGUCUGUUUUGCCUUUUGGAGGCACUUUCGACCUGCUACAGAUCAAAGGCUCCAUGCUGAAAGCAGCUUUUGAGCACAGUGUUCACAGACACGGGCAAGGAACAGGGGAACUGCUACAAGUUUCAGGCAUAAAGGUGCUGUAUGACCUCACUCAGAAGCCAGGAAGCAGAGUGGUCAGCUUAAAGGUCCUCUGCACAGACUGUAGAGUUCCUGUCUAUGUACCAAUCCAGAUGGAAAAAACAUACAAAGUGCUUUUACCUUCUUUUCUUGCUGGAGGAGGAGACGGAUAUUACAUGCUCAAGGGAGCCCCCAGUAACCACAGUAGUGGUGAUCUUGAUGUUGAUGUUGUUUCCAAUUAUAUCACUAGAAUGGGAAGAGUAUUUCCAGCUGUUGAAGGCCGUGUGAUGUUUUCUGCUGGAACUGUACUCCAAGGACAUCUUUAUUUGCUCUCUGGAUUAUUUGUGCUACUUCUGUACUUUGUUGUUUAAAAUUCAUCUGCUGUGAAUACCUCAGACAUCUCCCAUAUUUUAGCGCUUUGUUAGUAGUCACACAAUCACAAAGCAUGCAUUGAUUCCAAGAUUCUCAAAGGCAAGUAUGUAAAUUAUUAUUACUACAACUAGCUGGAAAAAUGUAUUUACAUUGAUUUAAGACUUCAUUUAUUUGGUAUGUAUAAUGCUUGAACCAUGUAUAUAAUCCAUGUAUAGAUAUUUGAUUUUUAGAACAUUUAAAAACCAAACCUGUAAAUAAAAGGAAUCAGAUUCCAGUGGGCAUUUUGCAAAGUAUUAUGAAAAAGACUAAAUAGUUUAGUCUAAUUAGGUAAACAUUCAGUGGCAUUCUAAAUUACCUUCCAGGAGCUCCUGGCUUGCCUUACUACCCUUUCUGUCUUCUAGGUGUGCUUUUGUACCAUAGAACAGCAUUUGAGUGGGGGCAGGGAAGAAAAAUUCCAACAUCAUCAAGGACCUGUGAGGAGGACCCAACAAGUGAACGGGAUGGGCAUAGAAUAAUAGAAUUGUAAAGCCACUGAGUCCAAAUUAAAGCAUCCCCAAUAGGUGGCCGUCCAGCUGCAUCCUGAAUGACUCCAAUGUGGGGAGAGCCCAUGAUCUCCCUAGGUAGUUGGUUCCAUUGCUGUAUUGCUCUGUCAGGAAGUUUUUUGCGCUGUCCAGCUGGAAUCUGACUUCCAAGAAACUUAAGCCCAUUAUUACCUGUGCUGUAUUCUGGGAUGACUGAGAAGCGAUUCUGGCUCUCCUUUGCAACAGCCUUUCACAUUUGAAAAGUGCUAUCGUAUCUCAGCUCAGUCCUCUCAAGGCUAACCCUGCCCAGUUCUUUCAAUCUCUCUUCAAAGAGCUUUGUUUCCAUCCCCUGAUCAUCUUUGCAGCCCACAUCUGAUUUUUGCCCAGUUUGUCUGCAUCUUUUUUGAUGUGUGAUGCCUAGAACUGGACGCAGUACUCAAGAUGAAGCCUAACUAGUGCCAAAUAAAGGGGGACCAGCACCUCACGUGAUUUGGAAACUAUACUUCUAUUAAUGCAGCCCAAUAUACCAUUUGCUUUUUUUCUGGAGCCACAUCAUAUUGCUGGCUCAUUUUCAACUUGUGAUCUACAACAAUUCCAAGAUCCUUCUUACUUGAAGUGUUGUUGAACCAAGUAUCUCCCAUCAUACAUUUAGUUUCCUUUUCCUACAUGUAGAACUUGGCAUCUGUCCCUAAUGAAUUUCCUUCUGUCGCUUUCAGCCCAGCACUCCAGCCUACCAAGAUGCCUUUGAAUUCUGCUUGUCUUACAAAGUAUUAGCCACACACCCACUUUUGUGUCAUCUGCAAAUCUGAUAAACAUUCCUUGUACCUUUUUGCCAAGUUUUAAAGAGCACUAGUAUCAGACUGAGCCUCACUUGUUACCAUUCCUAUCUCAGAAGGUGCCACUGAGAAGCACUCCGAGUCCAGUCCUGUAGCCAAUUGUGGAUCUGAUGUUCCAUAUAGCCCAUUUUUAUCUAGUUUCAUGAUCAGAAUGUCAUGGAGCACUUUGUCAAUAAUUUCUUGGAAACCAAGAUAUAUUAUGUCCACAGCAUUCCUACAGUCCACAAGGGAGGUUACCCAAUCAAAUGAGACCAGAGUAGACUGCCAAGACUUCUUGGUAAAUCCAUGUUGGAUUCUAGUAAUUACUGCAUUGCUUUCAAGAUGCUUACAUACUGACUUCAUUAUCUGCUUCAGAAUUUCCCCAUGAGUUGAUGUUAGACUAACUGGUCUGUAGUUCCCAGGAACUAGAUGAUAGGGACAACAAGAGGCAUCUGGCACUUCCCCCAUCCUCCAUGAUUUCUCAAAGGUACUAGUGGUUUUUCUUCUGCCAGUUCCUUUAUUACUGUGGAAUGCAGUUCAUCAAGCCCUGGAGAUUUGAACUCAUCCAAACGAAUUAGUUCUUCUUUGAUCAUUUAUUUAUAAAACACAAGCUUCAAUCCUGACCCUUCAAUUUUUGCUUCAUUUCUGCCAGAAGGGUUAUAGAUUUGCUUUUGGGAAAAGACUGUGCCAAUGUAAGAACUGAUAACUUCAGCCUUUUCUUUGUCAUCUGUUACCAAUUUGCACUCCUCACUGAGAAGUUGGGUUGGGCAUACUUUUUUUUUUUUUUUUUGCUUUUGAUUAAGCAAUCAUUUCUCCUGUAUUAUCUACAUAGAAAAUGUGUGCCUUUAUGAUGGUAGAUGUGAGUGCUCUAUUCCUUUCAAAACAGAUCAAGCAUCACCACACAGUAUUUUGUCUGAGUGGGUAUUCUACCUCAUAUCAUAUGGGGUUAUAUUACCUCAAAAGCUGUAUUAUCCCAUGAAAACAAAUGGUUUUUAUGAGCUCAGUCCAUUACUACUAAGACAAGACAGGAGGACAUAGGAAUAAUGAAUAGAACUAGCCUUCCCCACAACUCCUGAUGUUUUGGCAUACACCUCCCAUCAUUGUGACUAUAGGCUGAGUGGGCUAAGUAGAAAUGGUAUGUACAACUCAGGUGUCUUUAUAUCAAGAAUUAAAUACAAUUUAUCUGAGGGGAACAUUUCUAGAUCCUGGUGUAUGAAUGACAUUAUGUAGAUUAAUGAAGCUCAGAAAUUCAUGGAAAGGAAAAUACAUUCAAAUUUUUAGAGUCAUUUAAGCACCGUUUCCAAGUUGAUUCACCACAUAGAUAAAACAAGGAGCUACAAACAGUUGAGCUAGAGACAAAUAUGAAUGAUGUUUGAUUAUAUAACUGCAGUUUCCAUAUAAUGCUAAACUAUUUAUGUGACAUCUGAAGCAGCUGAAAAAACAUAUCUUGUGGGUAAUGUUUGACCCAGGAUCUGAAACCAUGAUUUAAAGCUAGUUAGCAAACUAUGUGUUACAUUUCUGAAUCAACAUACCAUGCUUUUCAAUGUAGCUCAGCCCCAAAGACUGCUGGUUAGGAUAGCAUCUGACAGAACGUAACAGCCCCAUGGUUGGCUCAUGGAUAGCACAAACCACGGUGCAUUAAAUCUGAAAGUAAAAGUGGUUAUGCAGUAAUUUUCAAAACCAAUGUGAAUGUUCUUUCACUUUUGGUCCUUCACAAGAUCUUAAUUUCUCAAAAGAUUUUUUUUUUCAUAUUCUGUUUUUAUAUUUUUAUAUCAGACAGCAAAAACAGUUUUAUUUAAAAGAAAAACAGACAACAGGGACAUGAAAUUCAGUCAAUAAUAACCUUUAAUCAAUCUCCGAGUAAAGUUUUUUUCUGAAAUUAAAGUUAAUGUUAUAUACAAGCAAUGUACAAGACUACGGAGAGACCUACUCAUUAAAUUAGCACAUAGCAGCCAUCUA